AGGUUCCUAGUACACAUGGAAUAUGCUUAACUGACUAGUAUAUAAGUUGCGGGAGAUGCCAUGGCAGGCAGUAACUCAUUCCAUCUCAACAAUGGCUUCAGCUAAGAUUCUGUUCAUCCUUGGGGCGGCUUUGUUUGCCGUGGCCGUUGCUGGCGGUAGCUAUGGUGGUAGAAACCAAGGUGGGUUGGGUGGUCUUAGUGGCCAGAGAGGAGGUGGUAACCAAGGAGGAAUUGGGGGCAGCCAAGGAGGAAUUGGGGGCAACCAAGGAGGAAUUGGGGGCAGCCAAGGAGGAAUUGGGGGCAACCAAGGUGGCUUUGGGAGCAACCAAGGAGGCGGACUUGGCGGCGGCUCUAGCGGUGGUCAUGGCGGCCAAGGCGGCUUCGGUAGCCAAGGGGGUUUCGGUGGCAGUCAGGGAGGCUCCAGCGGAGGCAGAGGUGGACAUGGCAGCUACCACUGAAAAAUGACACACUGAUGACGACUUGAUUGGCUUCUUGGCUUGGCUUGCGAUGUUAUAAUAAAACAUGAAAAACGUAUUUUAACGAAAAUAAAAAGCUUUGAUUUU